AGAGAGAAGGUGAGACUUGUGAGCUUGGCGCGGUGGAAGGAAAGGAACGGGAGGAGGGAGAGAAAGAGAGAGAGGACUCCGCAAGCAUGCAGAUGGCCUUCAGCAGCUUCCUGCUCACCCCGCCGUCGCCCCCGCUGCCCAGCCCCGCCGCGGCCGCCGCCUCCGCCUCCGCCUCCACCUCGUCCUCCUCGUACCCAGUGGCCGCGCACCGCGGCCGCCGCCCGCGGGGACCUCGCUGCCGCUGCGGCCGCUCGCCGGAGGUAACCCCCGCGACCACCACCAGCAGCGGUUCCGGCGACCGCGGCUCGUGCGAUGAGGAGGACGCCUCCGCCCCGCCUCCCCUCCCCGUCGAACCCGUCGGCGGGGUCGCCUCCACGGACAGCCUAACCGGAAGUGCGACACCAAGAUAUCAGGCAACUUCGACUAAAGGGGACACUAGGAAUGAAGAUCUUGAAAAAUGGGAAAACAAUCAACGCGGGACAGAUGGUUUAUCCAGUAGCAAGUCCAAGUCAGCUUACUCCAAAGCAUUUGGGGUGGAUUUGUCCCCAGAUAAUGUGGCUGUUGCCACUGUUUAUUUUGUGCAAGGAGUUUUAGGUCUUUCAAGACUAGCUGUCAGCUUUUACUUAAAAGAUGAUCUUCAACUUGAUCCAGCAGAGACUGCAGUUAUAACUGGUUUCUCAGCUUUGCCGUGGUUGGUCAAGCCUCUUUAUGGUUUUAUCAGUGAUUCCGUCCCUCUCUUUGGUUAUCGAAGAAGGUCGUACCUCAUUCUGUCAGGACUCCUUGGAGCAAUUUCAUGGAGUUUGAUGGCAACAAUUGUGGAUGACAAGUACAGUGCAGCGCUCUCUAUUAUUCUUGGAUCUCUUGCAGUUGCCUUCUCUGAUGUUGUGGUUGAUUCUAUGGUUGUUGAGAGAGCUCGGGGUGAGUCACAGAGCACAUCUGGAUCUCUCCAGUCACUGUGUUGGGGAUCUUCAGCCUUUGGGGCAAUUGUGAGCGCAUACUUCAGUGGUUCUCUUGUGGAUACUUAUGGUGUAAGAUUUGUCUUUGGUGUUACAGCAUUUUUACCCCUGAUGACAUCUGCUGUUGCAGUUCUUGUAAAUGAAAAGCGUUUGCCUACUGAGGAACGUUCCAUCUCACUUUCAAGUUCAAGGUUGAUUGAAAGCUCUAAGCAGCAGAUCAGGCAGAUUUGGACUGCUGUAAAGCAACCGAACAUUUUCUUGCCUACUUUGUUCAUAUUCCUUUGGCAAGCGACACCACAGUCGGAUUCUGCCAUGUUUUAUUUCGUCACAAACAAGAUUGGAUUCACUCCAGAGUUUCUAGGGCGUGUCACACUCGUUACAUCUGUUGCAUCCUUGCUGGGCGUCGGAAUAUAUAAUUCGUUCCUGAAGGCAGUUCCACUAAGAAAAAUCUUUCUUGUGACAACAAUUUUAGGUUCUGCCCUUGGAAUGACACAGGUUCUUCUUGUCACUGGGCUCAAUAGGAAGCUGGGGAUAAGUGAUGAAUGGUUCUCCAUUGGGGAUUCCUUGAUUCUCACAGUCCUUGGUCAGGCUUCCUUCAUGCCCGUGUUGGUGUUGGCUGCGAGGUUGUGUCCCCUGGGAGUGGAAGCGACGUUGUUCGCCACCCUGAUGUCCAUUUCGAACGCGGGAAGUGUCGCUGGCGGUCUGGUGGGCGCGGGCCUAACUCAGUUUCUGGGUGUCACAAGGGACAACUUCGACAAUCUGGCUCUGCUGAUCGUGAUCUGCAACCUCAGCUCCCUGCUGCCUCUGCCUCUCCUGGGCCUCCUUCCAGAUGGAUCACCAGAUGCUGAUAAUCGGCAAACUAAAGUUGAUUGAAAUACUUGACCUUCUCUUACAGAUUAGACUCGGAGAUGGUCAG